AUGCCUCCCAGCAGCCGCCGCCGUGUCCCGGAGCAACCGGACCCGCUUACGUCGCGGUCACAGCGGACGCAGAAUCCGCAGGGCGGAUCCAGCGCCAUCGCCGCCGCGGCGUCGGCGGCUCCAACAAGCGCGGCGCAAGCGUCCGCACCGAAGCCAAAAUCUCCGGGGCGGGCAAUGCCGGAGCCACUCUACUCCACUACAACGAAACCCGACAUGGACCAGUUGAGCGCGUUGGUCCCAGCCCUCAGCCUGGACGACAUUUUGUCAGGGAAGCCAUUGCCCCUGGACCUAUCGACCGGGGUUCCUGGGAAUGAUUUUCCCGCCAUUGGGGACUUUGGCACGGUCGUGGGGCCUGGGUCUGGUGACGCGUUGCUAUCCGCCGACAGGCACAACCGCUCCGGCCUGACACGCCGCGCACUGCGGCCCUGGGAAAGGGCCGCGUCCCCGUCUGCGUCUUCCGGACCACCGCCGCCUCCCCGGCCGACCCCGGCAGUGGCAGCGAUUGAGGGAGUGCCGGCGGUGGCGGCGCCCUCGCCUACGGCCGCGGCUCCGCAUGAUGGACUCCAAGCGGCGCGGACACCCGCUGCCGCUAGCGCUGCUUCUGACGCGCGUGACCAUAAGGGCUUCGUGGGCGCGCGGCGUGGGCCAUACCCAGAGGCUCUCUGGCCGCCAUCAUCCAGUGCUGACCACGUAAGGCCAACCUCCCCGUCCUCUUCUGCGAAACCCACAGUCAGUCAUGCAGACAUCGGCGCCUCCAGUGCAGUCAUCAGCUCCCGGGCUCCCACGUCGAUGUUGUCACCAAAUCCCACGAGACAACCAGCCCCUGGGCCGGCGGGUUCGGGGUUCAAGGUUGACCAGCUCGCAGGCCAGCGUACUCCCUCUGCCACUGCUUCCGCUCCCCCCUCCCCCUCCGACAUGUCUAGCUCUCAUGGUAGUACGCCUUCCCCCUUCUUUCCUACCGCGCCCUCCACCGCGCCCUCUUCCGCACGUCCAUCAGUGCAAGCUGUCACACCAACGACAGCUACGGAGCUUGUGGGUCAUUUGGCAGCCGGAGCACCCCAGCCCGCCUUGUUGCCAAGGCCGGUCAAUAGACAGCGGCGAGGGCCCAGGCAGCUGGCAGUGCCGCCGGAUCCUCAGGCAGCGGCCCUAUCGGAAGCACCGUCAUCUUCACUGACUGUUGGGGCUGAUGCGGGCGGACACGGUGGUCUUGUGGCAGAGGUGGAGUGGUCUGCGCUUGGUGCGAACUUGCUUGAGUUUGCUGGCGCUGCACCGCUGGGGCUCAUAUUCGCGGUUAGGGCUGAUGCAACGAUGGCACAGCCAGCAACCGGCGAAGUGUUGCGUUCGACACGUGCGCCGCGGGCUGAGCGUGUUCGCAGCAAGGAAUGGAUGGCAGCGGCGCAGGCGGUGGAGACUCACGUGGCUGGCGCAGGCCUGGCGGGGACGGCUGGCAACGGCAGCACUGGCGGCUCAGUUGCUUGGGAAGCACAACUCGCACCAAGUGCGAGUGCGGGGGUUGGACACCUUGGUUUCGACAACAGCGGCGUUCCAGGUGUAGCGCAACGCAACGAAGGUCUGGUUUCGGGGCACGUGUUUGAACCCUGGCGUCGGCAUUCGACUGUUGUGUCACGGGAUCAGGGGCCAUGGCGGAGGCACGGUGGUGACGGCGGGCAUGGUAUGGGAGCUGCAGCAGCCGGAUCAGGGGUCAUGAUGCCGGGCAUGAAUAUGGAGCCGCGGGGGGUACUCGUGCUGCACGAAGAACCGCUUCGUGAUGCGCUUGACGCGGCGAUGGCGGCUGCCUUCCCGCUGCCCUCCAGGGAGCAGCUGCCUGAGGUGGUGGACCGAAAUAACUGGCGUCUGCAUGCCGCAGUUUUGUUCCCGGCGCUGUAUGACGCGGAUUGGCACAGCUGCCUGUUCGAUUUCUUUUUCGAGCUGUGGCCGGAGGUUGGCCGCGCGCACGUGACCGCUGGUGGGCCCGGUAGCAGCCGCCGGCUGUUGCUAACCAGCGAGGUUGAGGUGGCGGAAGCGCUGGCUGCAGAAGCCGCUGGUGCAGCGACGGGGCCGAAGGUGCAGCCUUCACCGCCGCCGGCCCGGGUGCAGCUCGCCGCGCGGCUUCUGGACGAUGCCUACGCCUUCGCGGCGCGGUGUUUUGCCUCUGUGGACUUUGCCGUACGCAGCUCGGUGGUGAUUUCGGCGCUAGACUGUAUGGACGACCAUGAUGCGCUGUUGGAGCACAUGGCGGCGAGGUUGCCUCCGCUGAUGGUGCAACGGCUGAUGGUGCCGCUAGCGUCUCGCUUCCAGCCGCCAUGGGUGGUGCAGGAGUUGCUGGCGGCAGUGGUGGAGUCGCACCCGGGCUAUGCGCCUGUGGCGAGCGUCCCGCGACGGUGGCGGGAGCUCAUGGGGCAGCUGGCGGCGGCAGAGGUGGUGCACCCUGGGGGGGGCCUCGGAGUGGUCCUUACGGCGCUGGAGUUCGAGGAGGUGCAGCAGCCCGGGGAGGUGCAGCAGCGCCAGGUGUCUGCACACCCGAAAGACACAGAGGCAAGGCUUCAGGAAGCAGCUGCGAGUCAGGACAGGACGCCGCCGCCGCCUCGGCGCUGACGGCGGACGUGCGACCCGGCAGCCGUGAUUUUGGAUGCGACGGCGAGGGUUUCAACGAAAGCCAGCGGCACUGGUUGGGACGGCGAUAGGGAGAGCAGAGAGGGAGAGGCGGCAGCGGAGGCGCAGCAGACGAGCGCACAAGUGGGCGAUGCAGCCGGCUCAGUUGGCGAAGGAGGAAGGCGGCCUCGUGGCGCCCGGCGGCCGGGGUCGGGUCGCAGCAGGGGCAGCAGGGCCGGUGCAUUGGAAGCCUCCCCGGCGUCCCCGGAGGAAUGCGAGCCCCUUCACGCGAUAGAGCAGGCGCAGCAGCAGCAGCAGCGGCGUGGACGUGGGCGGCGGAAAAUGGUGUCUGCUGCAGCAGGCGGUUGUGAAUCCCCGCCCUGAGGUGACGGAACCAGAUCAGUGUAAGAAGGUAGUUGAAUGCAAGAGUGGUUCGGGUGGUGAAGCCUGGUACACUGGGUGCUGGCUGGUUGAUUGUGUGACUAGCUGGCCGGAUGACUCUGCCGUAUCGUUGGCAAUCACAUGCAAUCUACUCCCUAGACACGGAAAGCUGCAGCAUCCGUAAUGUAAUGUCGAGGCGGCUG